AUGCCUGGAGCGCAAAGGACGUAUGGGAAACGCUCGCGGGCAGUCUACGCCGCACAACUGGCCUUCUCGCCUUCCAGCAGCCCGGACCCCUCGCCGAAAACGCAGGCGUUGACAAUCGAGACGACCCCAUCUUUCGCAUUCACGAAGUCCGGAGUCGAUACAGUCGCUACAGUACGAGAUCAGAUCAAAUCGAUAGACCCAGGCAAAGACCAGACAGAGAAGGCGACGCGGGAGUUGUCCCAAGCGUUGGCCAAACGCAGCCUUGUGCAGAAUGAACCAGAUACGAAACAGGCGAGGAGAUCGCCUAGGAGGGCAUUGGGAGAGAUACAGGUCAACGCUGUUGUUGCACCACUGGAGGCGUUGAGCCUGGUGUCGGGGCAUACACCUUCAAAAAGAACGAAUCGGAGGAAGGACACUGGUCAAAGCAAGGGAUCACAAAAGCAGAGAAUCGAUGCGCGAGGGCAGAUAUCUGGCAGAGGACAACACACGUUUUUCGACGACGAGGAGGAGAGCUCACCAAAGCGUAAUGAGGGCAAAGAGUCGGAGGAAGAGGGCAUCGCAGACCCGCCACAGCCCAGGAGAUCACCUCGAAAAGCAAAACAAAAGCGAAAGCUCGUGCCAUGCAUACCGCAGCAUGUUGAUGCUUUUGAAGACCUGCCAGAUGACGAGAUUAUCGUAGCGGCCCCCAAAAUUCGAGAGUCGCCUCGAGAUGUGCAGCUAGGAUGUCCAUAUCAGCAACACUGUUCAGAAUUGCUCGACCUUUCGACACAUCCUCUGACCGAGUUCUCAGCGUGGUCCGAAGACAUCUCAGAACACUUCUCCGUGACCAAGAUCGCAGAGGCUUCCUUCGGAGAGGUCUAUCGACUAUCAUUACUAGAAGACAUCAGCGAUUUCUGCAGUACCGAUGAGUCCGUCUUCAAAGUCAUCCCUCUCACACCUGCUCUAGAUGCUCUCCCACUUGACAAGCGAAAACGAAAUGCAGCAUUGAAGAGAGCUGAAGGCAUGACAAGUCCGCACGAUGUCGCGACUGAGGUCAAACUCCUCCAGCGCAUGAGCAGUAUUCCAGGCUUCACCAACUUCCGGGACAUCCGCAUAUUACAAGGCCGACCGCCACUAGCAUUCGUCUCUGCCUUCAAAGCGUGGAACACUGCUCAGAAGUCCCGAAAGAAAGAACUCAGCCACUUUCCCGACCCAGCAAAGAAAACAAGCUACAAUGGCGACCAAUUGUGGGCUGUCAUCGAAAUGCAAGAUGCAGGAACAGAUCUUGAACGACUUCUCGAGACCAACAACUGCACUUCCAUCUUUCCCAUUUGGGAUGUAUUUUGGCACACGGUCCUGACCAUCGCCAAAGGCGAAGAAAGCGCCGAAUUCGAGCACCGCGAUCUUCAUCUUGGGAACAUAUGUGUUCGCUACCCAUCCGCCAACGAAACCAACGAGAACACAAUCGAUCCCUCCCGGAAACUGAACUUCACAUCCCUCGAAACGACCAUAAUCGACUACACACUCUCACGCUGCCUCAUGAGCACCUCGAGCACAGCCCCAUCCUCCCCCUCUCCAAAUGUCUCAGCACCUGUCGAUACCGACGUAGCCUACACCGACCUCUCCCUGCCCCACCACAAAUCCCUCUUCGAAGGCGACAGCAGCGACGAAUACCAAUACGACAUCUACCGCUACAUGCGCGGAGCCCUCUACUUCGACCACCCUUUCCACCCCACAAUCUCAGCCGAAGACCUCCACAAUCUCACACCAUCCCAACUCACCAACCUCACCAACGGCAGAACUUGGAAGCAAUUCCACCCCCAAACAAAUCUCUGCUGGUUACAUUUGAUACUUUAUAAAUUGUUGGAACAAAUUGAAUGGCCUUCAAGUUCUGCAAAGGGGAGAGCUGCGAAGAAAAAUAGGAAGAAAAAGCCUGAGGAGUAUGAGGUUUGGAAAAGAGGGGUGGAGUUGGAGGGGGUUUUGUUGGCUGUGCAGGAUUUGUUGGAUCCGAAUCGGAUUUGUGGGGAAGAUGGGGUGAGGAGUACGAGGGAUUUGGUUGCUGUUGCUGUUGCGGAGGGGUGGUUGGAUGUGGAGGAUUUGGUUGGUGAGGGGGAAGAAGGGGAAGAGGAAGAAGAAUUGGUGGAAGAGAUGGGAGAGUUGGGGAUUUGA